AUGACCACCAGCACCACCACGAGCAGCCACCGACAUGACCAUCCAUCGGUCGCGACUGCGAGCGCCAGCACCGCGGAGCGCGAGUCGAUCAACCCCAACUACAUCGGCGGGGAGUCGAAGCGCUCCCGCACGGCCUACACGCGCCAGCAGGUGCUCGAGCUCGAGAAGGAGUUCCACUUCAACCGCUACCUCACUCGGAGACGGCGGAUCGAGAUCGCGCACUCGCUCUGCCUGAGCGAGCGCCAGAUCAAGAUCUGGUUCCAGAACCGGCGCAUGAAGUGGAAGAAGGACCACAAGCUGGCCCAACACCAGAUCCGCUCCUCGGGUCCCGGCGGGGCUGUGCAGGCGAACGGUGGAGCGGCGGUGGUAAAGCGUGAAAUUGCCUGGGAACGAAAAGUGACCUUCACGGAUUCUGCCAACGGCACUUAG